AUGAAAGUGUUGAAGAGAGAUUCGAUGUUGUUACUCAUAACACUCUAUUUCUUGUUGACAACAUCAAUGGCUCGUCAAGAUCCUUUUCUGGUUGGAGUCGAGAAAGACGUUGUCCCAGCUGGAACCGAUCUAAAACAGAACAAGGCGAAACCUCAUCUUCCUAAUUUGUUUCGAACUAUGAGAAGAGUUCCUACCGGUCCUAAUCCAUUACAUCACAUUUCUCCUCCUCAGCCUGGAAGUCUAAACUAUGCUAGGAACUGAGAAACUUUUAAACAUCAACCAUUGUUCUAGAUCAAUUUAUGUUUAUCAAAUUUUAUAAGAACGUCAUUGAUUCAUCUUCUAAUGUCUUCUUUUACUUGAUAAUAAAAUGAUGAUUUAAUUUUAU